CUUUUCCCAAAUACUACUGAACUAUGUAAAAAAGGCUUUGGUUAAUCCAAAAGUAUUAAAUCGAUGAAUAAAUCACAAUCUGCUUUGACAAGUGAAUAAUGCAAAAGCCGCCAAUUCCGCCCUACAAACUAUCACCGGAAGUACAAGAGAGAAUAAAACAGCUACAACAACGGACACAGCAAGACAGUGGCCAGCGGCGUCGUACAGCUGUGCUGCCCAAACGGACUUGGAUACAACGCAAUCCAAGGCUAUUUCAAAUAACGUUUAUUACCACAUCGCUCUUAAUACUUUUUUCACGUCCUUUGUACGACGUCUUUAUUGCAGAUCCUAUACCACCACCGCGCGGUGGAGCACCACCAGGCCAUAAGCGUUAAGUAAGAAAAUAACGAAAGCCC